AUGCGUUUCGGCCUCCCUCCCGAGUUAGAUGUGGUAGAAGAUGCUCCUGCCAUCACCAUGCUGCGCUAUGAUCCAUUGUCUGUGGCUGAAAAAUUUGAUAGGCUUUCGACUCAUUGGAUAGAUCUGUUUGAAACUUCCAAUGAUGAUUUCAGUACAGUAGUUUCUCAGAAAAUGCUGUCUCCGUUGUCUACGCCGUCCUAUUCGAGCCUGAGAGAAGCAGUAAAGCAGGCGAUAGAUGCAUUGACCGGGCAGUUUGAAGCAGGUCUUCGGAUUCAGCAGCAGCAAGUGCAAUAUUUAAUCGAUCAGGAACGUAAGCACAAAGAGGAAGAAGCCCGUCGACGAGCAGCUGAACAGAAGAAACAGGAGGAAGAAGAAAAAAGACGAAAAGAAGAGCUUCAGCGUCUAGAACAGGAGAAACAAAGGGCUCUUGAAGUUGAGCGAAAAAAGAAGGAGGAAGAAAAACUCCGGUUGGAAGAAGAAGCGAAGAAACAACGUAUAAUCGAGGAAGAAAAGAAGCGACAGGAUGCACGUUUGGGUAAAGGCGUUUACAAUUCUUCUGCUAUUGCCGAUGAGUACACCUGGCAGAUGCAGACUAUCGCUAAAAUCAAAAGCACUAUUGUGGAACCACUCGGAAAAGAUGCUAACCUCAAAAAGGCGACCAGCGCUUUGAAGCGUAAAAUCAAUCCCAAGCUUGGACAACUUUCCAACUCUCGUUCGCAUGUUUCAAAGCUUACCGCGGAGGUGAUCAAUACCAUUCAAGAAUCACGCUCACUCGGCGAACUCUCGUAUCAUUGGAUCUUGAACUUCAUAGCCAAGGCGGUGGUGGACCAAGCCGAAACCGAAGUCACUGUCAAGCAGACAGCAGCUUUGCCCCUUGCGAUGUUUGUACAGUUAAUUUUGGAAAGGUUUCCUGAUUUUGAAGAGUUUCUUAUGGCUCGUUUUGUCAAAAAAUGCCCAUUUAUAGUCGGCUACACGAGCAAGGUUGAUACGGAAGAAGGUCGUAAACGAAUGGGCUGGCGCCGUUCUGAAGGAAAAUGGGAAGAUGAGAGCAAAUAUGACGAAAGAAUUGCUGGUAUCUGUACAGUUUGGGCAGCUAUAUCCGCUAUUCCAUCGGUUAAAUGCUCUUCGUUUUCGAGCCAACGCUUAUGGCAAUUUCUCUCACGCAUGGCUAAUUGUCCAAAAGACUUGCUCACCAACGCACACUUUGCUUGUGUCGCCAAUUGGUGGGAAGUCAGUGCUAAUGCCUUCUCACUGGUAUACAAGGACCAGGCGAAUAAGCUUCUUAAAUUAGCUGCAACUGACUGGACUGAACUGGUGGCAGACAAGAGGUUUCCCAGCGCUGCAAGACUUCGUAUUCUUGGAGACGAGUGGCUUGAAACCGGCAAACUCAACUACAUCAAACCCAUGGAUUAUUAG